UCUUCAUAGAGAGGCCAUCCCAGUGUAUUACAGAUCUGAGAAGACCUGUAACAACUGACGUGUGGAUCAGGAAACAAACGAAGCAUUUCCCAAAACAAGUCAAUCUACGCAGGCAGAUACAAGUAAAGCUAGAACUCCUCGGACGCCGGGAACAUGGCAUCGGGUUCAUCGAUGAUGAACGGGGACAUCAGUCAUCCACUCGAAUCCCACGGAUCAAGUGUUGGGAAUGUGGGAAAUUUAGAGGAGGCCCUCCAGCAAAUGAACACCCUGAUCAAGGAGAACAGAGAAUUGAAGGAGGCCUUGAAACAGACCAACUUGUCCAUGAAGGAGAGAUUUGAAGGCUUGUCUGCAUGGAAGGAGAAACAAAAGGAGGAGAGAGAUUUCCUGGAGAAACGUUUGGAGGAGGCCAAAGCCAGACUGAGCACCCUGGACGGCGAGAAUGACACACUGAAAAAGCAAGUGCAGGAGCUGGAGAAGAGUGGAGCAGAGUGUUCACACUCUGAGCUGGAGGUGUUGAGGGGUCAGAUUGCCAGACUUCAGGCUGAGAAGAAUGAUCUGGUAGCUUUGAACUCUGAACUCCAGCUGAAAAUGGGUCAAGGGUCACCUGAGGACUCCUUUAUCGAGAUCAGAAUAGCUGACAGUGAGCUCAAUGUGACCGAAGAUUUGCCUGGACCACAAAAGGACCUAUACACAUCCUUCAAUCCGAAAGCUGAAUCAGAGGAACAGACCGUGAGGCAGCUGCUUCAGUCCCUCAGGAAAGAGACUGAUGAGAAGGAGAAACUUCAACUCAAGCUGCAGGAGGCACAGAUGACGAUUGCAGAGUUGAAGCACAAAGUGGAACACACCGAGAGCAGCGCACAGACGUCUCUCCCUUCUACAACUGAUGAUUUGAGCGCUGAGGUGGAGACUCUGAAAGAUCAGCUGAUGAAGCUCUGCAAUGAAUUGAAACAGGCUCAGAUCAAACUGGACGAGGCCGAGGGCAUGAAGAAAAACCUGCAGGACAGGUGUAAAGAUCUGGAACAGGAUCUGAACACACUAAAGACUCAGCUGGGAGAUAAACAGAAGGUCCAGACUGAGAAUGAGAGCCUGAAGGUUCAGAUGGAGAGUCAACAAGCUGCUAUCAAACUGGAACAGAAGAAAACUCAGGACGAGAAGAAUAACUUGAACCAGCUUAAAGAUGCAUACACCAAACUAUUUGAGGACUACAAUGAACUCCAAGAGGAAAAGAAGAAAAGAGAGGGGAGAGUAUCACAAGAAGAGUACGAUGACCUCCAAGUGAGGUUCGCUGCAGCUGAGAAGGCGCUGGCAGAAAAACAGCAGAAGAUUGAUGAGAUGAAGAUGGAGGUCUCCCAGAAGGAGAAUGAACUAGAGACCAUCAAUGUUUUCAAAGCUCAAGCGGAAAUAUACUCUUCAGAUUUCUAUGCAGAGCGAGCAGCUCGUGAGAAGAUUCAUGAGGAGAAAGAGCGUUUGGCCACUCAGCUGGAAUAUGUGAAGAAACAAAACAGCCAACUGCAGGAGGAGAUGGAUUCACUCGGCCGGCAGUCCUUGAGUGAGAUGCAAAGGAGACAUGUGUCCCGUGGGGCCAAUCCACAAGGGCCCUCAACACCCCAGGCCGGCAGAGGUGAUUGGCAGCAGCAGAAUAUUCCCGAUCACGCUUGUCCGAAGUGUGGAGAAGUCCUGCCUGAUCUGGACAGCCUACAGAUCCACAUUAUGGAUUGCAUUAUCUGAAGCACCCAAUGUGAAUGAUAGCUUUAUUUUGAAGGAUAUGGUCCCCCAACAAACAUGAUACUUAACUUUCAGUCAUUUAUAAAGAGUUUCUGAAACCCUGCAUCCUAAGAAUAUAGUACCUUAUGAUUAUCAUAUUAUCAUAAUAUGUUCAUUAUCAGUAAUAUUCAGGAAAAUACUGAUACAUGCCAAUGGUUGAGGGUGAGAAUAAUGGUGUAACAUGUAGCUUUGGUUUGGCUGGUUGGACUUUCUCUAAAUAGACUAUUAAUAAUGGCAACAUUCAUUUAAGUGGCUUUAAGACAAAUAUAUUAUGUCAUAUCUCCUAACAAAAAGUGUAUUAAUAAAAAUAAUUAUAUACAGUAUAUUAUGUUGCUGGUGUGCAGACAUUGUGGCUUAUAAAUAUAUAUAUUACACAAGGAAUCUAUUAUGUAUGAGUGCCUUUAUUGGUUGCAACUUUAUCUGUUUAUAUCAAGAUUAACUUGAAUAUUUCUGAGAGAAUCAUUUAUAUGCAAAUAUCUGUUGUAAUUUGUUUAUACAGAGAAAUAUCUUACUCUCAGUGCCCUUUAUGAAGGACAUUAUAAACAGAAAUUUUUUAGUAUUUUUUUUUUUUUUCAUCAAUUUUUUAUUUCAUCAAAUUAAAGCACUUUAUCAUAUUUAAUUAGCAUGUUUAAUAAUUAAGAAUAUGGGGCAAGUUACUUUCAAAUACACUUUGUUUCAUCAACAGUUGUGUUCUUAAAAUGGUUUAAGCUAAACCUACAUGUCUAAAAUAAAUAAAUACCCUUUUGAAUUUAACUUUGCUUUGCGAUUAGAAACUUAUCUACUUAUUUUAAUAACAGAAUGUCUUGGAACAUGCCCACUUAAGGGAGUUGGUGCCCUCUUGUGGUGAUUUGUAGAAAUUGCACUCCAACAGAAAUCCUGUUUCAUUCCUCUGUAGCCACUCAAAAGCACUGCUCUAACUGGGAAGAGGAACAUGGAGAACUAACAAUGAAUGAUAUCAUUUUAUUACAGCAUUUACUAAUAUUUGUAAAUGGUUUAUUUUUAGUUCAUAAUGCAUUAACUUAUGUUAACAUUUACAAAUUUGUAUUUGCGUGUGUAUGUAUUAGUACAUUUUUAAAUUAACAUUAACCAAGAUUAAUAAAUGC